UCAAAUAGAAAAAUUUUAGGGUCUUUAAAAAUUCUCUAUUUAAAAGCCAAUUGCGUGACAUUGUGUCUAUCUCUGUUUUCUUGCUGGAAAGAGCUCCGAUAUAUUAUCCUAAAAAUUACCCUACUAUUUUCAAACGCGAUGUAUAUAUAAAUCCUAAAAAAAAAAUAUAUAUAUAUAUAUACAAAUACAAAUCAGCUACACUAUUUUUUAUACAAUAUUAUUGAUCAUCCGGUGCUCGAUUCUCGUUUCUUAUCGACUCGAAAUUUAUAACUAACCGCAAAGUACAGCCGGCGUUUCGCGACAAACUGUUGCAAAUGCUAUUCAUAACACGAUCCUCUCUCGUAGGAGUGUUGAUGUUUUUCUGCAUAACAAGAAAUAUUUGUGCCCAAGUUUAUCGGAAUAUGUCGAGUCUCGCCGGGGUACAUUCUGUGGCGUACGUCACAGUACCAAAUGAUACAGUUGCGAAAAAAAUAGCACGUGGCCUGGUCGAAAAUAAACUCGCUGCCUGUGUUAACAUCAUUCCACAACUUACUUCCAUAUAUGAAUGGGAAGGGAAAAUACAAGAGGACUCUGAACUUUUAUUAAUGAUAAAAACUAGGACAGAGAAAGUAGAUGCUUUAACAAAAUAUGUAAAAGAUAAUCAUCCAUAUACAGUUUGUGAAGUAAUUUCUCUGCCUAUACAAAAUGGGAAUGGCGAUUAUCUGAAAUGGAUCAGUGAAGUAGUACCAUCACUUGAUAAAAGUAUCCAGGAAAAGCAAGAUACAUAAAUUCAAUGCAGGAAAUUCAUUACUGUUUAUCAUUUCUAAGAUUAUUCUACUAUAAUAAAUAAAUAACAAUCCACACAAUGACCUGGAUAUAAUAGUCUAGGCAAUACAUAAAAUGUAUUUGAAAAGUUUCUUAUUAGAAGAUUCAAAUUCUUCCCUUGCUCUAGAAUACUAAUCAUCUGCUAAAUAACAUCAUUGAUCAGUCAAUCAAAAGAUCUAUAUUGUACGUAUACAUAUUAACAUAUACUUAAGCAACAAUGUCACUUAUCAAUUAUAAUAAAAUAUAAAGGUUUAAUUUUCAGACUUCAUUAGAAUAAGGCAUAUCAGUUUCUGCAUAUAAAUUUAUAAUAUAAACAGAAAUAUUACUUAUUCUCUCUUUUUUUAUUUCUAUAAAAUAUUUAUUCUGCUGAUAUACGAAUAAUCAUUGUAUUUAUAGUCCCUGUUUCAAAGAUUAAUUUGUGCCACAAAAAGCUAUGUCAUAGCUAUACUAUACAUGAUACCAUAAUAAAUUCAAUAUGAAGGAUUUUUAUCUAACAUAU